AAAAUAUCUUCUUUGAUUCUCUCGAAUCUCUAUUUGCUAUAUACUCUUUUUUUUUUCAUUAUCUCUCUCUCCUGAUUCACAAUUAGCUUUUGCUUCAUUGUUCUUCAUAAAGCUUUUGAAUUUCAGUGCAGUGUUCUUUGUUUUCAAGCAAUGGCAACUCCAGCUAGGAAGAGACUCAUGUGGGACUUCAAGAGACUGCAGAAAGAUCCUCCCUUGGGGAUCAGUGGAGCUCCUCAAGACAACAACAUUAUGCACUGGAACGCUCUCAUCUUUGGACCUGAUGACAGUCCAUGGGAUGGAGGUACCUUCAAGUUGACUCUUCAGUUCACUGAGGACUACCCUAACAAACCACCAGUGGUUCGCUUUGUUUCUCGGAUGUUUCAUCCGAAUAUUUAUGCUGAUGGAAGCAUUUGUUUGGAUAUAUUACAAAACCAGUGGAGUCCCAUAUAUGAUGUCUCAGCAAUCCUCACAUCAAUUCAGUCUCUGCUUUGUGAUCCAAAUCCUAACUCGCCAGCAAACUCUGAAGCUGCAAGGUUGUUCAGUGAGAACAAACGAGAGUACAACAGGAAAGUUAUGGAGAUUGUGGAGCAGAGCUAUGCUUAAUAAUAAUAUAAUGUAACUAUGUACUGCCUGUUGAGUAAUUGGAGAUUGAAUAUAUUUAUCUUAUAAGUUUCAGAAUUGAGUUUUUUACACA